UUUGGUCCAGGAAAUCUUAUCUGAGUAUUUACUGGAAGAACCCUGUACCCUGCUCCACACCCACUGUAAUCCACUACAGUACACAUUGGUCUCUUGUGUCUUCAGAUGCCCUGGCUUUCUCACAGUCACCAAGUACAAUGACUGCAGAACACGCCCUCACCCUCUUGGUAAUGGUACAGCUUUGUCACAGCCUUGGCCACAGCUGUCCUGAUGGAUGUCACUGCUUUACACCCUAUAAGGUUUUCUGUGCUGAUGAGGAGAUCACUGCUGUUCCACAAAACAUAUCCGCCAGUGUGAAAGAGCUUGUGAUGGUGACUACCAGCCUGAAACUUAUCAAAACUGGAGCUUUCAAAGAUAGCCCAGGACUUUCCAAAAUCAUCCUAGUAAACAACCUUAUAACAGAGGUGAAACAGGGAGCCUUUGGUGAUUUGCAAGAACUCCAGGAACUGGAGAUAAAUGGCAACCAGCUGAAAGAGCUGAGAGUUGAGGUUUUCAGCCCAUUGACAAGCCUUAAAAAUCUGAAUCUCAACUUCAAUAAGUUUCAGGCACUGAAUAAUGGUCUGCUUGAUCCACUGAUAAACCUAGAGAUUCUUCAUCUGAAGGGAAACAUCAUAACUGGCCUUCCAAAUAAUAUCUUCCAUCAGCUCCAUAAGCUCCAGAUACUAGACCUUUCUCAAAAUAGGAUCGCUGUAAUUCAAAGAGAACUGUUCAAAGCCCUAUCUGACCUGCAAACCCUGAGGUUAAAUGAGAAUAUAAUAGUCACUCUUGAUGCGCAUGUUUUUGAUGAUCUUUUAAGUCUGAAAGAACUUUCAUUACAUGGUAACAGAAUUAUUGUGCUUCCAGACAACAUUUUUACAAAGCUGAAUGUUCUGGAAAACCUAUACCUCCAAGGCAACUACAUAAACUUCCUUCCUUCUGCAAUAUUUCAUUUUUUGCACAACUUGGAGCUUUUAGACCUUACAUCCAACCACCUGAGAAAAAUCCAGCAUUUCAAGAACAUGCCGAAGCUUACCAAACUCUACCUGGCUAAAAAUCAACUCAGAACUGUCCCCGGUGAAGCAUUCAGAAACCUCCGUAAGUUACAUGAACUUGCCCUGUCUGAAAAUCAAAUUACCCAUCUGCCAAACACAACAUUCCAUGGUCUGUUCAAACUAGAAAAACUCUACCUGCAAAAAAACAACUUGACUUCCCUGGAUGAGGGCUUAUUUCAAGAUCUAUCCAAUUUACAAUUGCUCAGUCUUAACGAAAAUCUGCUACAUACAAUCUCUGAGGGUCUUUUUGAUCCAAUAGGAAUUAUGCCAUAUGCAACCUUACAUGAUAAUCCUUGGAUAUGUGAUUGUCACUUGCUGUAUCUUCAUGACUGGGUUCAGUACAACAUAGACAACUUAAUGCAUUCUAAGAUGGUUUUAUGUGAGAGCCCAGAGCACCUGGGAGGACAGAGUCUGAUCUCAUUAAGGAAGAAGCAACUCAUCUGUGUAUCUGAGGCACAUCCCCCAUGCAACUCCCAGCCACAGUCAGAGAACACUCCUGCCAUUUCAACCCCACCACCUGAAGCUAUUCCAAGCCAGUGCUCCCUUACUGACGUAGAUGGGACUAGCAUUAUAAACUGUGUGAUCUCUAAAUGUCCUGUGAUCAAGGUUGAAUCCCAGAUAUUUGAUGAUGACUAUAAGAAUAGAUUCAAUCACAGCCUCUUUUCUGAUUGGUCUCAAUCCUCUCAGUGUGCCAAGGCUACUUUGACCAUUAUUAUUAACUAAACCUUGAGGUCAACUUGAAAUAAAAUAACAGUUUGUAUGCCUAUAUUGUUAGUAGUGGAAUUAUUAUGCAGAAACCGCAGUUCAAGUUUAAUUCAAUUCUUAUUGUAUUUACUGAGCAUGUAUGCUUUUAUGUUGGCAUACUUGUAUCUGAAGUUAUAAUUCAUUUUUAUUCUGACCUUGUUAUUGACACUUUACAGAAGUACCUAAUAAAAACAGUAACACUUAUAAUUGUCACUAUGUUAUGCCAAAAUGCAAAUGUGUGCUCAGAGUUUUUCUUGGUAAUCUUUUCCUGUCCAUAACAAAUGCUUAUAACUAUAUUAUGCAUUACUUCUAAAAAAUAAAAACAAACU